CCAACAACCUCUGUGAUCCCUGGUCACACUCCUGGUGUGUCACCAGCAGCAGGACGAACAGGCGCCUCCAACAAUUCACCUAUCUCUCCACAAAACUCUUCCCACUCCAACUCUAAUCCUUCGAACGGCGACCAGCCCGGUCUCAUGGCCCCUCCUAGUACCCCCGGUAGGAGAGAGGGUACCACCGGUCCUGACCUGACAAAUAUACGACUUGCUGGCCAGGCUCGCAUCGGAAGUUCAGGCGGCAGUCAGUCCGGUCGCGGUGGGACCCCUUCAUCGUCACCCACUCGUAGAAGAGGUGGCAAUCCUGGGAGUGGUCUCAAUAGAAGCCCCGUCCGUCGUAUUGGUCCCCGUGCAGAUACGUCGCAAGAGACACGUCGGAUGGAUGGAGGGGAAAGUCGCAUGUCCGGUGAAUAUAACGAAAAAGAUAACUCUAUUAUCUGGGAGGGGCAAGCGAAAAAGCCACUUCCGCGGACUGGGCCAUCCCUAAUGCUCCCACCACCACCCCGCGAUGGCACGAUAGUUGCUCAGCAGGACUCUCAAGAAGAGAACUCUCAGCGGAGAUCGAGUAGUGGCGGAAGCCACAAUCAAAGCCAGAGUAGUAACUCGUCAAGAACUGUCCCUACUAUACAACAUGCAUCACCACGCCGAGGGAGCACAAGCACACGAAGGGGCUCUAUUCGGUUAGGUAGCUCUUUCGGGGAAGGUGAGCGAGCACACCGGGACCAAGAUAUUUCUGGUGCAACGCAGAAUACCCAAUCGAGCAACGAUAGCCGCCCAUCUUCUCAAAGUAAGGUAGUGGCUGCCAAUAUUGUCGAAAAUUUCAUCGAAAUUCGCACUGUACAAGGUGGUGAAGAUCCAGAAGCCCAAAAGGCUCGAGUUGCCCUCGUCACGCUUAUCACCAAGAAACCUCGCCAGAAAACACCGCCGAUAGAGGGCAAGGGCAAAGACUGGGCGUAUAUUCCCAAUAGGAAAGACUCUCAGUCUCAAGAUGAGAGCCCGUCUCGAGCAAACGUGCUCGUACCAGACUCUAGUAGGGAUGCGACACAAAUGACUAUGGGUGGAGCUGAGGGGGAUAUUGUAGAAGAGACUCCCAUGCGCCCGCCUCCUCCACAACCCACUGAUCCAGUCAGCCCCAGCAAAGUAUCCCAAAAGGGUAAAGCACUCCCUUCCCAAUAUACUACAUCUUCUCUUGGAGAUGCCGGUGGACAGGAAUCUUUAGCCCUACAAACUGAAGAAUCUCCGGCCAAUCAAUUAGGGCGUACGAACACGAUGGGAGAUAAAUCAAACAGGAGACUAGCAGGCACUAUGGCCUCCACCUCACAGAAUCCUAAGAGAGGAAUGGAACGAACUACAUCUGCUGCCAGCUCAGAAGGAAAUUUUAAAAGAGGUACUCAACAGGGUACUGCUUCAGGGGAUCCAGCUUCCGCGUCAUUUGCCACUGAUAUGCGUUCACAAGCCUAUGCUGGGAACCUCGCUGCGCAAAACGCUGAGCGUGGCCUAGCCAGAUUGGAUGAAGCAGACGAAUCGCAUAGAGCACAUUUCUAUCAACAGAGUGCCGUAGGGCGUAGUCAACAUGGGCAGGAAAGCGUAGAGGGAGAGUUUCGUAGUACCGACCGUAGCCUGAGCGGGACUGAUCGCGAGCCUGGACAUAAAGAUACAGGCAAGAGUCACCCCAAUUGGACCGUCACUGGUGUACCUUUCAUUACUCCCGGCUCCCCCAUAGCUCGUCAUCGGGAGGUGGAGGAAGAGCUUGUGGAAGACUUAGAACCUGAAAGAAUGGUGCAGGCUACACGAAGUGUCUCCGAGCCUCAAGCUGACAGGAACGUGGAGCGAACGCAGCCACCUCGCAAGUACGUUAGUACACCACGAGUCCCUCGUACAGUUGUUCGGGCUGUAUCCAGCGAUGAGGAUGAACCUACCACCCAACGUCGCAAACAACGCCGUCGUGCCGGUCCCUCGACUCGUGCAGAACCUGCCUCAUCUAUGGGAGAAAAGGGGAAGCAUCGUGUCAAAACGGUAGAAACCAAAUCUCUUUCACAGACACGGGUUGUAAGGGAAGAAAUACCCGCCUCACAGGAAGCCCCCGAGCCAGCUAUAAACUACAGCCAGGAAAUUGUGCCAGAAACACAACUCACUUCGUCAGACAAAACGGCCUCCCAAGAUGCUCAGUCGCCCAAACUUCGGUAUGAACAAGGACUUGCGGCCAAUCAGGCAGCAGCCGCUCCAGUCGUCGCGGCAAAUAACGAUCCAAACACCUCUACUGAUAUCUCUGCCCGCGCACUGGGCCUCAUUGGAACCGACUCAGACCCUAAGUCCCCUCAUACUUCUCGUAGAGACAUAUCUGGAGUGAGUGGAAUCGGCGGGCAAGACAUCUCUCAACCAGGAAUUCUCCCCAUCUUACAUGCAGCAAAUGCUGAUAAGUCAGGAGAGGUAGAUGAGCUUUUAGGUGCCUCUAAAAGUAGCAAGAGUGGCAAAGCAGGGGGACUGCAGAACGACAGCUCAGGACAGUCCUUCGAGAUCCCGGAUGGAUUCGUCGAUAAGAUAACCUCUCAAGCAGAUGCAAGUGCAGACAUAUCGCGAUCACACGAGAUAUCCGAGAUUUCCAUUUAUAGGGAGCAACGCUUCGACGAAGUGAUAGUGAGGAGCAAACGAGUGGAUAUUGAAGACAAUGACGUUCAAGAGCAGCCGCCAGAGACUGAGAACAGUAGGAAGAAAGGCCAAAAACGUGCGAAGGUAGUUGCUCCAGAAAUAACAAAAACCCCUCAGUCGAAGCAACAAGGUCCACCUCAACACACCCCUAGUAGAGUUCAUGCACCGGACAGCUCCCCAGCCCGACUAUUCGGCUCUUCCCCUCUCACAUCUCUAACUACGUCCAACGAGGCCGUUCGCCCCAAAUCGCCCGCCAAACCGCCAACAAGAUCGCAGCGUAAAACAUAUAGCGGCAAGCGAACUAUCAGAUCCGAAACCGAGUCGACAAGGCCUCUGCCAGCAUCCGAUCAACAAGAAGAAAACGAAGUUGAAGAAUCCCUGGCCCUACUAGACGAUCAUUCCAGUCAAAGCUUGGAUCCUUAUGGGACUCGUGCCAUACUUGCCAACUUGGUGGAGGAGCCCCCAGCUCCGAAAAAACGGGCACUCGAACGUUCUCCCCCUCCUGACGAUGCCGCUCCCUCCCAGGCCGGCACUUCUCAACGUCCCUCAAAAAGGAGGCGCAAGGAACAACCGAUUCCCGAGUCUUCGACAUCGAAUCAGCCAGAACUCGAACCAGUGGAUCAAGAGGACUCGGCCAAUCGUAGCCCAUCCCCACCAGCUGCGCAACCACGCAAAGGGCGAGUUUUUGCGCUGUGGAAAAAACAUUAUUUCACUGCCAAGGGUGAUGAGAUCAAAAUCCCAGGCAAGAGGGGAGGAAAAUUAGGCCGCACAGCAACCGUUCACUCUGCUGCAUCUUGGCCCGACAAUGAAACUGUCGAAGUCCGGCCCUCGACCUCCCCCAAGGAGAUCCUCACUGUAGUCGCCAAAGAUCUUGCGGUCAGCGCCGAGAUCGUAGAGGCUACCUGGGAGGAUCGUUUGGUCCUAUCACUGCAGGAUAUUGGACAUGGUGAUACGUUGGACAAACCAGCAUAUUCUGGGAGCCCAAAGAAGCUAACUGGCACUCGGACCCCCAGAGUCUCUGUGUCAACUGUGUUGCCUGAGGAAUCCGAGAGUGAAUCGCAGCCCCUACCAAUCACCCGACAGCCCGGUCCUUCUCCAUCCCGCGUACGCAAAGCUACAGGCUCUUCAUUUGAAGAACAUCCUUCGGCCCCACCAGGAAAACGACGAAACAUCGAGCGCUUGUCACCUAUCUUACCUGAUGAGCGAAAGGCUGAUCCUUUCCAAGGCUACGCCUUCAUUACUGCUCUCCCGUUGAAUAAUGGAGCGAAGCCUAUCGAGAAAGCUGCCCGCAUCAAACAAAGGAAAGAGCUAGAGAAAACUAUCAAACGACUCGGUGGUCGAGUGAUCAAUAAUGGCUUUGAGGAGCUGAUCGACUGGGGAGGUCAAUUCAGUGAUGAUGGGAAAAGGUGGAUAUGGACACAGGGAUCCAUAACUUAUCUGGAAUCAGAGCAGCCCUCUACUUCAGCCCGGAAGAAGAGAGGCAAAGCCCCAGCCCCAGCUCCCGAAAGCAUUUUCCUAGUGGCGGAUGGAGUCAACCGGAACUCCAAGUAUAUGUUGGCCCUUGCUACAGGCAUUCCAUGCAUUGACAAAGGGUGGAUCGAUGACGAGACUGGCAGACGUACACUCUUCCCGCCGGUUACUGCCACAUCCUCGGACAACAAUGCAGCCAAUGGGUCGACCCUGAAUGGGCAACACGCCCACGGGAAAGCCGUCGAGAUAGUCCAUGAUCUUCGCCACGCCUCUCUCACCCCAGAGGAAUAUAAUAUGAUUAUAUAUGAGGGUGAAAUCCCGCCUAACGUGGAGAGCACAAUCGGCAAACAAGGCAGUGGCAAAGUGGUCUGUGUAACCGUUGGUUGGCUCACUGACUGCCUCAUUGCCGAGAACUCCUGCCUAUGUCGAAAUACUAGUACAUCGGCCGAGGGGAGAUACAAAGAGGGACCAUGGGGUAUGGUGGAGGCCGCUUUAGGAGCUGUACCCUCUGGUUCCAAUCAUGCCCCUAAUAAUCUAAUAAGAGCUGCACUAGGGGGACAGGCUUCUCUCGUUCUUGAGUGCUUGAUGGGGGCCCCCGUCUGUUGCGAACCAAAAGGCGGCGAAGUCGAGGAGAUCGUUGGAGAAUCGGGCGAGCAGAUGGUUUCAUUUAUUCUUUCAUUUUAUCGUGGGGAAGGGACUAUGAUCGUGUUCGGUAACAGGUACUUCUACACAAUAUAUCACGAAUUGACAUGGCGUAAGCACGAAAUGCUUGCGCACCGACCAGGAGACGGGAAAAAGAAUACAGGAAGAGGAAGACCAACGUACGUAUAUCCACAGAAAAACGCUCUGAUCGCUUCACCUCUGGGAUCUACAACUGCGACCGCAAGGCAGUCGCAUUUGUGCGAUGGGACAUUGUUCAAUAGUGCCCAACAUGCAGAUUGGCAGCGCAAUGCUUCUAUCAUAGAUCAAAGAUCGAUUGGGGGAAAAGGGAAAAUGAAGUGGUGGUGGGGAGGG